AUGGGUAAUGAAUCAGUCUAUCUAGAUUUUGACCUCAACGAUAAUGGUCAUGUUGAUCCGUUUAUAAAAGAUGAGGCUAAUUUGGGAUUACAAGAACUUAUUCCACGAAUCCUACAAGAGCGUAAACAUUUCGUUAAUAUCACAGAGAAAGCACUUGUCGACGAAAUUGAGCUGCUUGAAACUUCAAAGUCAGUCGAUAAAAGCUCGGAUGCUGUUGACGAAUCAAAGCUAACCCCUAUAGGGGCUCAAGAUGCAACUGAAGAUACGAUACAAGAGAAAUUCAAUAUUCAAAAAUUUGAGCUUACAAGGAAUAUCAAUAACGCUCUUAAUGAAACUUCACUAUCACUUGAUUUCGUUUCGUUGCUUGUUGCGUCCGUCAAGCCAAAUAUUGCUAAAAACACAAUGUCGCCACAUUUGCAAAAACUCAUCAAACCAUCCUCACUAAACUCAGACAAAUUAGCUAAAGAAGAAGAAGAAACCUUGCAGAAAGAUACAGCACGCUCUACCAAGAUAGGACAUGGAUGGAAAACGGAAGCGGCCUCGAAAAUCACGUGCCUAUUCAAGCAAUCCAGUGAAAAUCUAACCACACAGGUAAAGAAGGAGAAUAAAUAUUGGAACAUGAUCAGCUUGGUGUGGUCAAAUGACGAAGCUUUAUUUAGAAUGAGGGACCCUGCGAAUAACGCUAGAGCAAUUGGGGUUAAAUAUGGAUAUGGCGAUUCGGGGUCUGAUUUUCAGGAUAAAGGUUUAGCCUUGUUUCGCAAAAACGUGCAAACCGGGGAAGUAUCGUUCCACCCAUUAUCUACGAGUGGCAACAAUCUAGUUGCUAAAACAUACCGGUACGUUCGUGUGCGCAUGUUAAGCAGAAUAGACUCCGAUUUCAUGCUAACAGGGCAGUCUGUUUUUGAUUACAAAUGCAAGAAAUCAUCGCAUGAUAUCAUUAAUGAAAUAGAGAUGGCCAGGUUUUUCCUCUUUGAAGAAGAUUUGUUUUACCAAAUUAGCAGAGAAGCUGCGAUAUUGUUUAGUUACAACGUGUCAGCCACAACCGACAAGGUCACAAUUGGAACUGAAAACGAAAUAAUUGAAUUUGAAAACGUCCUUUAUGAUGAUGCAAACGAGGAAGAGUUAGAGAAUUACUACCAAAAUGUAAGCUCGUUGUCGCAGUACUUGAACGACGUUAAUGACAUUUUGAUCAAUUUGGCCCUCCAAUACAAUUUAGACCCCUCGCCUAAGCUUGAUAAGUACACGAAUUUAGAUGGUAAAACAGCCAACCCGUUUAAGCGUUCAAUUGAAAUUCCCAACUCCGUUUUCAGCUGGACCAUACAAAACCAACACGAAAAAGUUCUAAACGUGGUAAUAAAAGUAACGAGUAAUGAGGUCUUUGUUGACUUGAUCACAAAACUUACAGUCACGAGGUUCGAGUCUAUGAAUGCUUACAAGAGUAAUAUGAAUGGAACAAAUGUGUUGCAGAAUGACUACUUUGACCGGAAUGAUUUGCAAGAAUCUCUAGAAUGGCUUAUUUGUGAUUUCACUUCAUCAUAA